AUGUGGAACUCAGCGUUGCUAGCAGAGUUGUUUCCAAUUGGGAUUGUCAAUCAGAUCCUGGCUCUUCCUAUUAGUGUGUGGUCUCAUUCGGAUCAAUUGAUUUGGGGUGCUAAUAGGAAGGGUCAGUUUACAGUUAAGUCUACAUACCAUUUAGCUCGGCGUCGGAUUUUGGAAGAGACUGCCUCUCCUAACCCGAGCUCAUUGUUAUGGAAUAAGAUAUGGAGAGCUCCUGUUCUAGAGAAGGUGAAGAUUUGUGUGUGGAAAGCGGCUUCGGAUAUUCUCCCCACUCGUAGUAGGCUCAGUGAAAGGGGUAUUGACAUUGAUACCCAGUGCCCAUUCUGUGAGGAGGAGGUCGAAUCCUCGAUCCAUGGUUUUCCCCUUUUAUUGAUGAGCUUAUGGGCUAUAUGGUGUAACAAGAAUUCCAAGGUUCUAGUGGAUGUUGUUCAACAAGACAUUGACGAGUGUGAAAAGUAUCCAAACAUAUGUGGUCGCUUUGCUGAUUGUUACAAUAUUGAUGGGUCAUUUAUGUGUUAUAGUGUCCUAGCAUUAUUGCUUAUACACACAUGUGCAUGGUGGUUGCAAAGAGCUAUUAAGCAGCGAAAGAUAACCAAACGCAAACAGAAAUUCUUCAAACAAAAUGGUGGUUUGUUGUUAGAGCAACAAUUAUCUUCUAGUGAAGUUAGUGUUGAGAAUAUCAAAGUGUUCAACUCAAAAGAGUUGGAGAAAGCAACAUAUCAUUUUAAUGUAGAUAGAGUUCUGGGACAAGGAGGACAAGGUACUGUUUAUAAAGGAAUGUUAGCAGAUAGAAAAAUUGUCGCGGUGAAGAAGUCUAUAGCUAAUGGAGGUGAAGUGAGACAAUUCAUAAAUGAAAUCGUCAUUCUUUCACAAAUUAUUCACAAAAAUGUGGUUAAAUUAUUGGGUUGUUGUUUAGAAACUGAAAUUCCACUUUUGGUUUAUAAAUUCAUACCCAAUGGAACACUCUAUCAGUAUAUUCAACAUCAAAAUGAACAAUUUCCUUUCACUUGGAAAAUACUCUUACGUGCUGCUACUGAAGUUGCAGGAGCAUUUUCUUAUUUGCACUAAGCAGCUUCUACUCCGAUUUAUCACCGAGAUAUCAAAUCUUCCAACAUUCUCUUAGAUGAUAAAUAUAAGGUCAAAGUAGCAAACUUUGGGACAUCAAGAUGUUCAAUUGAGAAAAGUCAUCAUACCAUGUCACAAGUUCAAGGAACAUUUAGUUAUUUAGACCUCGAGUACUUUCGAACCAACCAUUUUACAGACAAGAGUGACGUUUAUAGCUUUGGUGUUGUCCUUGCUGAACUCUUGAUUGGAAAAAAACCAAUCAUUAAAUUGAAGUUAGACGAAACCAGGAGUGUUGCAAAUUAUUUUCUUGUCUCAUUAGAGGAGAAUCAUCUAUUUUGUAUCCUUGAUGCUCGAAUUCUUGAUGAUAAUGGGAAAGAUGUGAUCAUCGAAGUUGCUAACCUUGCAAAAUGUUGCUUAAACUUGAAAAGAAAAAAGCGUCCAACUAUGAAAGAAGUAGCAAUAGAGUUAGUGAUAGUGAAAUUAUAUGUCUAG